ACCCAACCCGAGCCCCAAAACCCUAACCCUCUCUCUCUCUCUCUAUUAAAGCUUCCGCGUGAAGAGAGAGAGAGGCCACCGCGACGACGCGAGCGCACGCACCUCCAUCCACUCCUCGCGCACGGUCCUGAGAGAUGGCAGCGGCGGCGGCGCGUGGAGCCGAGAGGGUUGCGGGGGCGUCGGCGGUGGCCUUUAUGGCCGUCGCGGCCGCAGCCGCCGCGGCGGAAAGAUUUCUGGCUGUGCUCGCGCUCGCGAUGAAAGCUGUGAGUGAUGGUGCAGAUAUAUUUAAUGAGGACCAACAAUCGAUCUACAAGCUACUUGGCAGAAUCAAAUCCGAAACUACCCCUGAGAACAAGGAUGGGUCAGACGAUGACGACGAUGAUGAAGACGAAGAUGAUGAUGAUGAAGGUGGUGACGAUGAUGAUGCUGAGGAGGACUUCUCUGGGGAAGAAGGGGGUGAGGAUGAAGAAGAUGAGGAUGAUGACCCUGAGGCAAAUGGUGAUGGAGGGAGCGAUGAUGAAGAUGAAGAUGACGACGACGGUGGUGAUGAAGAUGGUGACGAUGAUGAUGAUGAGGACGAUGAAGACGAUGACGAUGAUGAUGACGAGGACCAGCCUCCUUCCAAGAAGAAGAAAUGAGCUAGCCUCCUCCAUCCUGCAUCUGUCCUCAACUUAUUUCAGUCUGUUGUGUUGUUUAGAUGAUGAACAGGUUUGGGACCUUUGUAGCUUGUGGUUUGGGUUGUUUGGGUCUCUCAAUAGGAGUAGGAAAACAUUGACAUCUGAUGUUAAUCUGUUCUCUUGUGUUUUGCCUUUGUGCAUGUAGUCGUAAAAUGUUGCGGUGUGUUACUGGAGAUGUGAUUCUAUCAU